CUUUCCGCGCAGCCCGGGCAAGAUGGCGGAGGUGGAGCAGAAGAAGAAGAGAACCUUCCGUAAAUUCACCUACCGCGGGGUGGACCUGGACCAGCUCCUCGACAUGUCCUACGAGCAGCUGAUGCAGCUCUACAGCGCUCGGCAGCGGCGCCGCCUCAACCGCGGCCUGCGCCGCAAGCAGCACUCGCUGCUCAAGCGGCUGCGCAAGGCCAAGAAGGAGGCGCCGCCCAUGGAGAAGCCCGAGGUGGUGAAGACCCACCUGAGGGACAUGAUCAUCCUGCCCGAGAUGGUGGGCAGCAUGGUGGGCGUCUACAACGGCAAGACCUUCAACCAGGUGGAGAUCAAGCCCGAGAUGAUCGGCCACUACCUGGGCGAGUUCUCCAUCACGUACAAGCCGGUGAAGCACGGCCGGCCCGGCAUCGGCGCCACCCACUCCUCCCGCUUCAUCCCGCUCAAGUGAAUAAAGACAUCCCUCUGGA